AUGUCGCUUGAUAUUCUACCCACAGAGCUCAUUCUCAUGAUUGAGAAGAAUCUGCAUUCCCAGAAAGACCGCAAUGCCUUGAUUCGCACGAGCCCGCGUUUCGCCCUCAUGUUCGACGAGAAACUAUACAAGAGCUGCUCAGCACAGGAACACAGCUAUAUUAUCCUAUGGGCAGCUAAGCGAGGCCUGGAGGGCACCAUACACAAGUGCCUGAAGGCUGGCGCUAAAAUUCCACGGCGAGAUAGAUUCAGGUCUCAUUUGAUCGAUCGCGACGCACCCGAGUCUUUGAGUGUCAUCCCACGGCACCCCAAAUCACACCCAUUGACCGCAGCAGCCGAAUUUGGCUCACUGUCUUGCGUCAAUCUUUUCCUUGAGAAAGGCGUCAAUCCCAACUUGUUGGAUGAACAUUACGAAACUCCACUGAGACAGGCUGCAGGAAAUGGCCAUGUCAAUGUCGUUGAGUUGUUACUUUCCAGCGAUGCUCUCGCAUUCACGGGUGCCUUCAAGUUGCGACGACCUCUGAAGAUUGCUGCGGCUCGCGGUCAUUUACCCGUGCUCAAGGCGCUGUUCUCUUUCCUUGGGAGUGGCGAUCGAAAUCUCACCGUCAAAGAUGCUGCCCAGAUCAUCCUGUACGAGGGACUCUGGCACAGCAAAGUAAGUGUUGUCAGGUAUGCACUCAAACAGGGUGCGGAUGUGAAUGACGAAAAUUCCGAGUUCGUGUUGCGGUUCGCUCCAGAUCUACGCCCAGACGAUCCCCCCGAGAAAACACGAUCAAGAUUGGUCCAAGGUCACAAGAUCGGAGUGACAGUUCGAGGGAUCCCCACCGCAGGCUGGUCGAACCUCAUCCCCAAUACCCUCCACGCUGCGCUCGUUGGUGGUGAUAGGAGGCUGAUUGAUUUGAUCAUUGACACUGGUUAUGAUAUUACUCAAAUUGGGUCCAUCCUGCGGUAUGCAGUCCUUCGGAGAGAGAACGUACUCAUCAGUAAGUUGAUGAAUAUGGGGGUCAACAUCACCUCCAAAAUUCUUUAUGAGUCCGUUUGUGGUGAAGAUUUGGUUAUGAAGGAGUUCAUGAAGACGACCUUGGAGAAGACUAUGGAAGAACUGGGACUCAAUAAUUGA